AUGUCAGAAGUAAUGACACAACAAGUAUCAACAGAAACAGGCUCGUCAUCCAUACAUUCGAACAUUUCAAACGCAGGCUUUGCAUAUUCUCCCUUAUAUUCUUCUUCACAUUCAUCACCACAUUCAUCACCACAUUCAUCAUCACAUUCAUCAUCACAUUCUUCACAUUCUUCACCCCAUUCUUCCGCAAAUUCUUCCGCAAAUUCUUCCCCACAUUCAAUGGCUGUAUCUCAUCCCAAUACAGUUCCUCCAUCUUUAAAUGAAUCCGGGACGACAUCAUUGCAGAUUAUGUGGCAGAAUAUGCUGUGCUUCAUGUGCAUCAAAUUUCAUGAGUGUGCUGAAGAGUUGGAUAUGAUUAGGCAUGCAUUGCGAGAAGGAAGCAGUUCGAUUUUGAAUGAUUCAUCAGGAAACAGCCUACUUUCCAGAGAAAAUAAAUCUGCGGCAGCUUUACCUAAUAUGUUAAUUAAGACCACACCAGAACAUGUGACCACCACAGAGAUGUCAAAAAGUUCUAGUCAAGUUACACUUACAAACGAUGCCCAAACUGGACAAGGGUCUUCUAAUGGGCCAAUCCAUAAACCAUAUUCUGGAAGCCAAACGCGUGCAAAUCAUAAAAUCAUACAUGAAGAUCCUACAUGCCCUGUUUGCGGAAAGUUUCUAGGCUUUCUAAAUGAAGCACAGAGAGAAAAUCAUACGAGCCAGUGUCUAGAAUCGCAAGAUUUUUCAUGUUCUCCUCAAAGCAGACGGACAUACAAUCGAAUGUUGGUGUCGACAAUCCCGAAAGAUGCAAAUGUCGACAAGCUACAAUUAAACGAGGACAACGAAUGCAUUAUUUGCAUGGAAGAGUUUAAGCCCGGCGAUAAAAUAGGGCGUCUAGAAUGUCUUUGCUGCUUUCAUUAUAAAUGUAUUCGAGAUUGGUUCAAGCAUAAAGGACGCUGCGAGUGCCCGGUCCACAUUCUCCACUAUGACAGCUGA